AUACAUCCCUUGCCUCUUUCUCCUCCCCCGCAUCUGCUUCUUUCUCUCCACGCCAACCCGACACCGCGCGGUCGGCUCGGCUCGGCCAUCCCCGCCAGCUCCCGCUCGAGAUCCCAGCGCCAUGACGAUCGGCGUCGCUCUCUUGCUCGACCUCACCUCCCGCCUGCCCCGCGCCGGGGCAUCCGCCGCCUCCGCAGCCGUCCGCUCCCACCCCGGUCUCUCUACCACCGCCUUCGCCGCGACUGCCGCGGCCGCGUUGUCGUCCUCCGGGGUGCCGCUCUCCGCGCGCCACCUCUUCGGUUUUCAUGGGUUUACUGUUGCUCAUUGUGAUGCUGGCACACCUGCUGGAUGGAAUGAUGGUUCUGAUGAUCUUGUUAAUGAGAUUAAUACCAAGAUUAUUGAUUCCUUGCAAUAUGCAAGAAAAGACUACUUCCAGAACACAACAAAGGAAUACCCUUCAGAGCUGAAGCCACUCUUUUCUGCCUUUGGGUUGAAAAAUUUUACUAUCACAACCCUAAGGUCUUUCCUAUUAUAUUAUUUGCCACUCAUACAACCUAAACCUCACACUGGUUCUGAUGAUGAGGAUGAUGAUCUGCUUCAUGACACUCAAGAGAAAACCAUGGAUCUGGUUACUCCCUUCUACAAUUCAGUAAAGCAAAUCGUGCGGGAGACUUCUAUUGUAACGACCAGACGAGUAUUUGAAAGGAUUGUAGUUCGUCAUGUUUCACAAAGAACAGCAUGGAAACUUCUCAAAGAUGCUUCAAAAUCAUCAAAAAGGAAAGCUGCAAGGGGGAUGCCAACUCCACAGUACACAUACUGUGUUGCCAGAACAACUUUCCGAGCACAUGCACUGGGAAUAACCGCUGCUUGGGUAGUGCAAUCCAUAAUUGAAGUAUACAGAUGUUUCAUCCGUAAGCCUAGUGAGGACUGUGAAGCACUAUCAAGCGACGGCAAUGAACAGUUUGACGAUAUGAAUAAAUUCAGAUUGUUUGGGAGGAAGAUUUAUGGGAUUACCAUCAAAAGUUGUUUCUCUUUGGUUUUGGCCUCAGCUGGAGCAGGCAUUGGUGCCCUCGUGCAUCCAGUGCAUGGACAAUGGUUGGGUUGUGCCUUGGGAGAUGUUGCAGGUCCAAUUAUCGCUAUAAUUGUUUUUAAGAAGAUGCAGCUACCACUAUGAGAGACUGGAUUUUUGGCGACCACUGGUUUUGGGUCCCUUGUGCAAGUCAUGGCCUUCAGUCUUCUGUGUGGUUGGAGAUCCCUGAUCUAACUUGAAAGUUCACAGUUGAUGAAUAACAGCUUUCACCUCAGUGCUCGUAGUUUUGUAGCUCCCUUUACAAGAUGCCUUCGGGUCUUGUGGGACAUGAGCAUGUACUUUUGCAGUUUUGCUAAAUUUUGUACUGUCUCAGAUUUGAAGGAUCCAAACAAGAAAUUUAAUUUUACUAGAUUUGA